CCAGGGAAGAUGUGAUGACCCGCAGAUGAGCAGCCUCCAACAUGAGAGUGGCUGGAUGUGACAAUGUUGUAGGAGCCUUCCUACUUCUGCAGCUCGAGACCUACAUCCGCUCAGAAAAUGUGGAGCCGUUUCCUCUUCUCAAUGGGCGCCCUCGGCCCGUGGUCUCCCUGGAGGAGAACGUUACGAAGGAGUUUACCUGCAGGAUGGAUGGUUGGAAGUCUGUGCCUGUUGUCACCUGGUACCUGAACGGUAAAAAGCAGAUGAGUAACCAGACACUGCUGAUCCCCAGCUCCAGCAAGACCAUUAAUCAGAGUUUCAGCUCCUUCGUGAUCACCAGCCAUAGGAAGGACAAGGAACUCAACUGCUCAGCGACUGACCCGAUCACUGGGAGAACCCAGAAUGCCAGUGUCAUCCUCAACGUGCAGUUUAAACCUGAAAUUGUGCAGAUGGAUACUGAGUACAGGGAACGCAAUGACUCGGGUCUGUUCCUUGCCCUUUUCGUCCUGGUUCAGGCAAACCCUCCAGCCUCCAUUACCUGGGUGGACGAGAGUGGGCAUGUCGUCGUGAACACCUCCCACUUCAUGAUCUUGGACACCAAGACAUACCCAUGGUUAACCAAUCACACAGUCCACGUGCAGGUAUCCAGCCUGGCUAAAAACUACACCUUCACAGCUGGUAAUGAGUUUGGUGCGACCAAAUCUUCCUUUUCUUUACCAGGUUUCUUCCAUUCACGUGUCGAAGUGCCUGUUUUAGUUAUUCUUCUUGGAGGAGUUGUCGGGCUCCUCAGUAUCCUGCUCAUCAAUGUUGUUGUUCUGUGUGCUGUAUAUCGGAGGAGGAAGGGACGAGCAGAUCUAAAGUCUGUUGCUGACUCAGCUGUUCACAGUGAAUCCACAAAUGUUAAAUGUGAAGAUGCACAGAUCCCAAGAGAAACCAUUUCCCUUCAGUCAAACCUGCGGCUGAAUCCAGACUUAAAUAACCUGAACCAACCUCCUGCAGAGUUUGGUUAUUCUGGGGAGGUUACUAACGCCGCCAAUUCCUUCUGCUGUAAACCAGAGCCGGGUCAAGUAUCAAGACAUCUGUCAGAAAGCCGAGCAGCUUGUGAAGAUCUCUCGGAUCAGGAGAAUGUUACAGCUGCGGACUCUAGAGGAUUUGUUCGUUUCCCGAUGUAUGGAUAUAUCUACAAAGUCUCCAGUGUAAGCAGUGAUGAAAUCUGGCUUUAAGCACGUCCUUCCCCUGCUGAGGUUCUUGAGGGACCAAUCAGUCCCCUAAACGUUGGGGCUUCCAAACUGUGAGGACCAUGAUCUGCUUUACCCGAAAAGAGCCCUCAGUGGCCCAGUCAUCGCCAUUCACCCCCUGGGGCUGCUGCUGAGGCCUUGUGUGACUGAAACUGCAAGUUAAUGGUUGUUUAAAGCAGGUGGCCCCCUACCACACAGUUAAUCCAAUCCAGUCAUUCACUAAAGCAAUGAGAGACAAUUUGGGUUAAACUAUUUUUCUGUCUGUUUUGGGGAACCAUUUUGAAUCGUAUCACUCGGAAAGAGGCCAUUUCCAGUGCAUGACUCAAUCCUGAUGAGAGAUAAUUUAACAUUUAAGUUUCAAAGCUAACACAAGCUGAAAAGCCAUGUUUGUUUGUUGCUUUUUUAAUCACUAUCUUUUAACAAAUUGCGCUGAUGUAGUAAUAUUUGUGCCACACAAGUGCCAGACAAUGACCAUCUCCGAUGAGACAAAAAUGGGGCAGCCCUGUGGCUCAGAGGUUAGCACUGCUAUCUCACAAUGU